AUGACACCUCUUCAUAAAUCUCUUGAUAUUGAUGUUAAUGAUACUGAAGCUGUUAAAUAUCUUUAUAAAUCUCCAUUUAUUGAUCGCAAUUUGAAAGAUAAUAUUUAUAGAAAAUGGGCGCUAUUUCAUUAUGCCGCCACAACUAACAAUGCUGAUGCACUAAAAUACGUAUGCUCUAUUCCAGAUAUUAACUUCAAUACCAAAGAUUCAAUUGGAUGGACACCUCUUCUUCAAGCAUGUCAUUACAGUAAUUCAGGAGCAAUUUUAUAUGUAUGUACAAUGAAGAAUGUGGACAUCAUUGUAAGAACAGAACCUGGAAAAACAAUACUUCAUCUUACACAAAUAUUAGGCAUUUUAGAAGCUAUCAAAUCCAUUUGUUCUUUUCCGAACGUUGAUAUCAAUUCAAGAGAUGAUGAAGGAAUGACUCCAAUUCAUUAUGCCUCGUAA